GCAACACUGCUGGCAACGCCAAAGAGGUAACGCCGCAAGCGCCAUUUUCCUUUCCGCGAAAAAUUUUAUCAGACGAAAAAAUAAUUGUUGCGUGUGAAAAUUACUAUUUUUCAUUAAAAACUUGGAUAUUUGCUCUUUGAAACGCGUUUAACUUGCCAAGAAGAACAAUGCGCGUGACCAAAAGUGAUAUAAGCUUAGAGUUAGAAUGUUGGGUCGAGGAGUUGUCGCCAGCGCAACUUGCCGCGUAUGAAAAGGUGACCAACGAGCACAAUGCUAUUAAAAAUGCAUUAAAAUCCGCGUUGACCAGCAACGAGGGCCGAGAACUCUUUAAUGGACAGGUAUUUCAAGCAUAUUCAUUCAAGGGUAAAGUUUUGCAAGAGUUGAAGGAGGCAACAUUGCCACCGAAAAAACCAGCGAAGCCCAACCCUCCUGCUACGCCUUUGGGUGGUACACGAGGUGGCGGCCGCAAACGGCCUUCGAACUUCGUAUAUUUGGAGUCUUCGGACGAAGGAGAAGACGAUGUGCCAUUAGCGAAACGCAUUGCAAUAGCAGCAGGCAAGAAGGGAACAUCGCCUGCAGGGGCUGCUUCGCCGGCAAGUGCAGCAAAGGGGCCUAAAGGUCAAAAAGGCGCGCCAGCCACACCUGCAGAUAAGGGCUCAGUAGGCGCCAAAGGUGCAAAAGCCGCUGGUAAAGCUGCAACACCAGGCAAAGGAGAAAAAGGAGGUGCCACUCCUGCAACACCGCCGGCAAAUUUCAAGCCCUCGGAAAUAAGUUCCGUGGGUGGAUUGGUUAUCGGUACCGAUGGCAAAGAUGGAAAGGAUGGUAAAGAUCAGGGCAAGGAAACUAAACUACAGGGUAAAACCUUCCCUUCGUUGGUGGUUUUGGCCAAACCAUGGCUUAAAGUUAAAGAUAUGUCCAGUACGCGAAGUAAAUUAGAUUCGAAGGUUAAGCUGGUGCUGAUGUUGACUCCAAACAAAUUUACUGAAUGGCUUAUUCAAGAAGGUCUAUUAAAAGCUGAACAAAAAUGUGCAAAUCAUCGUACGAACGAGUUGAAAUUGGGUGUCUAUUCAGAUGCCACAAAGUUCCCUUAUACUGGCGGCUAUGUUUGGAUCAGUGAAUGUUGUCCUAUGCGGUUUGUUUCUGUAUUUCAUGGUUCUAUUUUUGAGGGCGCACCACAUCCCCCAUCUUGCAUAUUGAAACUUGUCUAUCAUUGGUCGUGCCAGACAAACAUACAAAACGUGGUACAGUGGGUUAAGGUGGACAAUGUGUAUAUUAAAGGUGUAUACACUUGGCUGCGCGCUAUUUGCACAUUGGCUGUGCAUCAGAAAUGCAAAAAGUUGGGUGGACCAGAAAGAUUUGUAGAGGUUGGUGUCAUCUCAUUGGGAACCACAUCACAGGAUGGCCAACAGCGCCAAGUAAAAGUCGAAGUUUUGGGAGUACUUGAUUAUGCAGAGAAAACCAUACGCUUGCGGGCUGUCGAGCCGGUAUCAGAUGCUGAUCGUAACUAUAAAAAACGUUUCCAGACUAUUUUGGAACCAUUGCAACGUUGGGUACACAAAGAUAGCGUGAUUUGCAUUGAUCUGACUGUGGACAAAAUGACACUCUACUCGAUGGGUUUCAAGAACAUUAUACAAGCUGCAGCAACCGACACCAAUGCUAAGCACACCAACUCCUCCGUUAUGGACUACUUGCGUCGCAUCGUGCCACGUAUGUUCCAGAAUACUUUAUCAUUGCUUUCACGUCAAAUGAUACAACAAUUUCUGGAUGAGUUGGUAUGGCGUGAACAAUUUGGCACCUAUGCUUUACAGGCAUUCAACAACAUCACCGCACACAUUGCGGAGCAGACACGCAUGAAUACAAAUGAAACGCUAACACAGCGCUUGUAUCAGGUCGCAACAAAUCCCUUUAAGGACUGGAGUGUUCUGCCAGCCAAUUAUCGUGAGACACCGGCAAACACAACGCCAAAGCGAUUGAAAAAACCAAUCAACGAAGCUGACUAUGUUCAAUCGGAAAAAGUCAGUGUGAAAAAUAUUAAAAAGGAGAAACCGGACAGCUCAAAGCAUGAUACUUCAGCUAGCACUGGCCGUCGUGGCCGUCCUCCAGCCGCCGCUACAGAUAAUGACUACAGGCCGGGACCAAAAUCUAAGGUUGCAGGAAAAGCAGGCAGCUCGUCAAGUAGCAAAGUACCACCACCAUCCACAAAGGGCUCAGCAGCGAAACAUGCCUCCAAUGCUAAGGCAGAAUCUGGCUCGCAAAAGAAGAUAGUGAUCGAGGCUAAGAUAAAGAAGGAGAAGGAUGUUGAUGAUGAUUUGAAAGGUCUUGAGGAGUUGUACUAUGGCAUACGCAAUGGAUUGGAUAUGAACUUUGAAAGUUUCCCUUACAAGAAUGACAGUGGUGUUGUAAUAGAGGCAUCCACUGUAGAUUGUCCCAUAUGUGACAUCAACGAUUCCUUUGAUUCCAAUGAGAAGCUGCAAACACAUUUAGUUUCACAUAUCAUUGCUGACAAGGAUCAUCAGUUCCAGUGUCUAUUCUGUCUGGAUAAACAUCCAAGUGAAAGUGUUUUGACCAAACACAAUCAAAUUAUGCAUCCAUUGGAAACAAAGUCUGGCUCAUCGGCCUCUUACCACUGCUUGAUUUGUCAGCAACGUUUCAACUCGUUGCAUCACUUAACCGUGCAUUUGCAAAAGAUACACAAUAUGUUGGAAUUACCGUAUGUAUGCCAGGCUUGUGGUUAUCGUUCGUCUUCGCACCGCGAUGCUGUGCGUCACUUUUAUGAUGAUCACAAGAAUCAGAACUUCUUGCAGUGUCCAUUCUGUUUGGAUAUAUUCCGCUUCUCCUACAAGGGACGCGUCAGCAUUACCAACAUUGAGAACUACUAUAUGCAUAUACGUGCUCACAUCGGCAGGAAGGAUUCCCAAUUGCGUUGCCAGAAGUGUGCGCUUAGCUUUACUGAGAAAGGUGCAUUGAAGCAACACUCAACCAAUCAUCACACUAGUCUCUUAAAGAGCACACAAAAAAUACAGCCACUGCUGACCAAUUCUGUUUUGAUUUCACCACCGAAGAUACGCAGCCAUCAUCGCGAACCACUACCGUAUACUAUCGCUUCGAAGCUUGGUGAGUUUUAUGCUUUUAUUGACGGCUCCAUUUGUGCUGAAUGCAACUCCGAGAUAUUAAACGAAGAUCACUUCAUUGGAUUUUUGAAAUGCAACAAAUGCAAUUACAAGUCGUGUUGUGAGCGCGCCGUCUUCGAGCAUGCCGCCGAGUGUAGCGGUGGAAGUGGUGCCCGUGACGUCAUGGAGCUACCACUACCAAAUGAGAUGCACUGCAUUUGUGGCUUCUCCACAUCUAUUGGCAAUAAGAUGGCCCACCAUCUGGCCACUUGCGGUCAGAAAUCAGCUUAUGCUUCUGUGGAAGCUGCACAGGAGAACACAGUCAAACGCAAUAUGCUGGACAUGUUGGGCUUAGUGCGACGCGAUGGCGAAUCUGGCGCCGAGGGUGACGAACAGGGUAGCGACCAGGCAACGACUUCGGCUGAAGCAACCGCCACGGCCGGUGAUUCAGAGGAGCUGCAAGAAACGCAGGGAACAAUGGUUAGUGAUCCAGCUGCACCCAUACAAUUUGGCGAAAUGGAGGCCACGCCAGUGCUGGACAGCAGCAGCAUGCAGCAGCAGCAACAAACAGUGGUCAGUAUUGACGAUGCCAAUGUCGUCCAUCAGCAGGCGGCUGUGGCUUAUGGUGGUCAUAUUGUAGAUAGUGGCGACGUACAAGCAGCACAGUAUCACAUUGGCUUCGGCCAGACAGAACAGCAGCAUGCGCUCAACACAUCCGACAUUGAUAUGCCGCUAAUUGGUGAAUUGGCCGACCCCAAUCCGCCAGCCACGCCACAAUUUAUAGGCGAAGUGCAUACGCCUAUGUUCGAUGCGGUAGCAGCUGCUGAGCAACAGCACUACCAUCAAAUGAUGCAGCAGCAGCAACAGCAUCAUCACCAUCAACAGCAAUGAAAACGAAUAAAUAAGCGGCAACGCGACUAUACGCUGCCGUGGCAGAGCUAUUGAGCAGCGUAAUAAAAAAAGUAAAUUUGAAUUGAAUUGCAAAAGCGCGAUGAUUGUCGAUAUGGACAGAUAGGGUCGUGAUUUGCGCGUCUUACACGAGAAUGAGUGGGUGAGUUUGAUGUGGGUAUUCACAGAGCACAUACUGGCUGAUUUUCUUUUUCAUUUAGUUGAAAAUUGUCAACAAAAAAAAAAAU